AUGACUCACCAUUGUACCAAGUUUUCCGGCCACUGGAAGAUCAUUGUCUACGACGAGGAGUGCUUCCAGGGUCGCCGCCAUGAGUUCACUUCUGAGUGCUGCAACGUGAUGGAGUUUGGAUUUGAGAGCGUGCGCUCCCUGAGAGUGGAGAGCGGAGCUUGGGUGGGUUAUGAGCAUGCCUCCUACCAGGGACAGCAGUUUGUGCUGGAGAGAGGAGAGUAUCCUCAGUGCGAUGCUUUUGGCGGAAGCAAUGCCUACCACAUCGAGAGGAUGACCUCCUUCAGGCCUAUUGCCUGUGCUAACCACAGAGAAUGCCGUAUGACCAUCUAUGAGCGUGAGAACUUCCUUGCUCGCAAGGGCGAGCUCAGUGACGAUUACCCCUCACUCCAGGCCAUGGGCUGGUGCAACAAUGAAGUUGGUUCCUUCAAGGUCCAGUCUGGAGCAUUUGUGUGCUACCAGUACCCUGGAUAUCGUGGAUACCAGUACAUCAUGGAGUGUGAUCGUCACUGUGGAGAGUACAAACACUUCAGGGAGUUUGGAUCCCACUGCCAGACCCCUCAAAUCCAGUCCAUCCGCCGUAUUCAGCAGUAA